AGGAAUGGAAUGACUACAAGCUUCGAUGGAACCCAGCGGAUUAUGAUAAUGUCACAUCCAUCCGUGUUCCUUCAGAGAUGAUAUGGAUUCCGGACAUCGUCCUUUACAACAAUGCCGAUGGAGAGUUUGCCAUCACCCACAUGACCAAAGCGCACCUGUUCCACACGGGAAAGGUUCAGUGGGUCCCCCCUGCCAUCUACAAAAGCUCCUGCAGUAUUGAUGUGACCUUCUUCCCCUUCGACCAGCAGAGCUGCAAGAUGAAAUUUGGCUCUUGGACGUAUGACAAAGCCAACAUUGACUUGGAGAGCAUGGAGCGCAAUGUGGACCUAAAGGACUAUUGGGAGAGUGGCGAGUGUGGGCGAUUGUCAAUGCCGUUGGGACGUACAACUCUAAGAAAUAUGAUUGCUGCACGGAAAUUUACCCUGAUAUCACAUACUACUUCAUCAUUCGGAGGUUACCCUUGUUCUACACCAUUAAUCUAAUCAUCCCAUGCCUCUUGAUAUCUUGCCUUACUGUCCUUGUGUUCUACCUACCAUCGGAUUGUGGUGAGAAGAUCACGUUGUGUAUCUCGGUGCUGUUAUCUCUAACCGUGUUCCUUCUACUGAUUACGGAGAUCAUCCCAUCCACGUCGUUGGUGAUCCCGUUGAUUGGGGAGUACCUCCUGUUCACCAUGAUCUUUGUCACGCUUUCUAUAGUCAUCACUGUCUUUGUGUUGAACGUCCACCAUCGAUCGCCAAGUACCCACAAGAUGCCUCUUUGGGUUCGUUCUGUUUUUCUGGAGCACAUACCAAGAUGGCUUUUCAUGAAGAGACCACCAGCUCCAGUAGAGGAAAUUAUCAGUCAGUACGACACACCGGAGCUUAAGCUCAGUACUUCUAAAUAUUGGAUGGAGACAGAUGUGGAUGAGAAGUGGGGGGAGCCAGAAGUGGAGUUGCAGCCGUGUCAUGUCCAUCAUGUGUCCACACACAACCAUUGCCUUCAGUAUCGUUAUGACUAUAACCACCCAGUGCCUGGGGGACAAUGCCAGACCCCUCGUCAAAGCAAAGUGGAGAACACUGAACCCAAUUUCUUGCUCUCCCCAAGUAUAUUAAAAGCUUUAGAGGGUGUCCACUACAUAGCGGAUCACCUGAGGGCUGAAGAUGCUGACUUUUCUGUAAAAGAAGACUGGAAAUACGUGGCAAUGGUCAUAGACCGGAUAUUCCUGUGGAUGUUCAUCAUCGUCUGUUUGUUAGGAACAGUGGGAUUAUUUCUGCCCCCUUUCUUGGCUGGGAUGAUCUAG